AUGCCUUUGCUGACGGGCGAGGUUGUUACCGCAGCAGUCAGGGACAGGACAGAUUUGGUCCGCGGCGGGUUCCAGCCGCGCCUUCCGACUUUGCUGCCGCCCCCAGGGCAGCAGCAGCAGCCGUCGCCGCUACCACGCCGACAGCCCCUCCCGUUGAUGCCUCCCGCGCAGCUUCAUCCGGGAGCGCCCCAGGUGGUCGCUCCGGCGCCUGCGGUCCCUCUUCAGUCGCCACCGCCUUCGGAGCUGAUAGACGUCGACCCCUCAGCCGGGCCGCCUUCCCAAGCGGUGGCUGUGCAGCCUGUCCUGCAGCCGCUUUCCUUGGGCACCCCCAAGGAGUCCGACACCGCAGCGCCUUGUCCGGCGCCCACUCAGCAGCCGUCGACGCAGCGUCAGGAGACGCUGCCUCUCUUCAAGGGUCCCGACGCCCCGCGUACGUCGAGUUUUACCCCAGUAUUUGGUGGUUCGGCGAGUGAAACGGGCUCGCUGACGGCGGCCAGUUACAUAAAGUUGCCAGCGCUCGGAACACCCCCGUGCCUGCCCAACAGCUGGCGGGCCAAUCAAGUCGCCGGCGCGUCUGGUGCUGUUCCCGCGGCCGCCGCCGCUUUCUUCAGCAGAUAG